AUGGCGUUUUCCAUUUUAUCAUUUCCGCUUCUUUUUCUUCUUCCUUUUGGUUUGCUUCUCAUUCCCUGGUGCAGCAAUGCACAAGAAAAAUUUGCCAGUGCUGGUAACAGCUCAGUGACCUUUCAAGUAGGCGUGGUUCUGGAUUUGGAUACAGAUUUAGGGCGUAGAGGAAUAGCCUGCUUGUACAUGGCUCAUUCCGUCUUUUAUUCUGUUCAUAGCAAAUAUAAGACAAGGCUGGAUCUUCAUGUCAGAGACUCCAAGAAAAAUGUCAUUGAUGCUGCUGCUGCCAGUCUCCAUUUGUUGAAAGAGAUAAAGGUCGAUGCAAUAAUUGGUCCUCAGAAAUCUGCACAAGCCAGCUUUGUGAGCGAUCUUGGAGACAGAGCUCAAGUCCCUAUCAUUUCUUUUUCUGCAACAAACCCUUCGCUUCAUCACCGGGCUCCUUAUUUUAUUCAAACAGCCCAAAGUGAUGACAUGGAGGUUGCUGCUGUUGCUGCCAUAGUUAAAGCUUUCAAGUGGAGUCAGGUUGUGAUUAUAUGCGAGGAUUCUGAGUAUGGUAAUGGAAUUGUUCAUUACCUGUCAAAUGAACUCCAAAGCAUAAAUGCUCGUGUUUCAGGUAGAAGUGUCAUUCCCCUUUCUGCCACUGAUGAUUUUAUACUCAAAGAGCUAUAUAAACUGGUGGCAUCACAGACGAGGGUAUUUGUGGUGCACAUGUCACAUUCUCUUGGUGCCAAGCUCUUCUCUGAAGCCAAGAAAAUUGGAAUGAUGAGUGAUGGGUAUGCAUGGAUCAUCACCAGUGGACUAACAGAUUUGUUCUAUUUGAUGAAUUCAGAUGUCAGGAAAGCCAUGCAGGGUGUAUUGGGUGUAAAGCCACUGAUUCCCAAAACUAAAAGACUCGAAUCUUUUGUAGCGGGGUUGAGAAAGGAGUUUUUCGAUAGUAAUGACUUCAAAGUGGCUGAGGUUAUGAGCAUUUUUGAUAUCUGGGCAUAUGAUACUAUGUGGGCAUUGGCUAUGGCUGCAGAGAGAGUGGGAAGUAAGGAACCUCAAAUGGUUUCAAACAGUCCGGCUGAUCUCAAUUCUUCAGACCCAUUUCAUAUCGACAUCUCAUUGACAGGUCCUAAACUUCUCAAAGCAAUACAGAACACACACUUUGAAGGGCUUGCAGGGAAUUUUUCACUUAAAGACGGAAGACUGAAGCCUUCAUCAUAUCAGAUACUUAAUAUGGUCGAAGAUGGAGAAAGAGAGGUCGGGAUCUGGAACCCAAAUCUUGGAAUUACUAGUGGAACCAACGCGACUUUAAAAGAUGUCGUGUGGCCAGGUGAAUCAGCAGUAGUACCCAGGGGAUGGGAAAUUCCAGCAAUGGGUAAAAGACUAAAAAUUGCUCUGGCUGCAAGGCCUGGUUUUCCAGAGUAUAUUAAUGUUGUAAGAGAUGCUCAAACCAAUUCCUUCAGAUUUGGUGGAUAUUACAUUGAUGUUUUCAGUAGAGUCAUGGCUUCUUUACCUUAUUCUGUGCCAUAUGAUCUUGUUCCCUAUGAGAAACCGGAUGGUUCAUGUCCUGGGACUUACAAUGAUCUUAUAUAUGAUGUGUAUUCUCAGAAAUAUGAUGGUGCCAUUGGGGAUAUUACAAUCACAGCAAAUCGAUCACAGUACGUGGACUUCACUUUGCCAUUUGAUGAUGGUGGAGUGGUCAGUAUAGUGCCAAUCACAUAUGAAGAUGAGAGUGGCUCCUGGACUUUCCUGAAGCCUUUGAAGAAAGAACUAUGGCUGACAAGUAUACUGCUUUUCAUUUUCACCGGUGUGGCUAUCUGGAUUCUUGAACACAGGAUAAGCUCUGCUUUCCGGGGACCCCCUUCUCAGCAUGUUGGGAUGAUGUUUUAUUUUCCCUUCUCAACAAUAACAUUUGCACACAGGGAGAGAAUCGUGAGCAACUUGGGCAGGCUGGUUGUGGUGUUGUGGAUGUUUGUUGUGCUUAUCUUGAACUCAACUUACACCGCGAGCUUAUCAUCCAUGUUAACAGCUCAGAAGCUGCGACCUGCAACGAAAGAUGUGAAGGAGUUGAUUAAGAAGGGAGAUUAUGUUGGCUGUUUCAAUGGCUCAUUCAUAUUCAAUCUGUUGAUAGAAAUGGGAUUUGAGAAAUCCAAGAUUAGGACUUACAGAUACCCAGAAGACUACAAGGAUGCCUUAUCAGAUGGAAGCAAACUCCCCAGAAUAUCAGCAUUUUUUGAUGUGGUUCCUUAUUCCAAUCUCUUCCUAUCCAAGUACUGUGACAAGUACAUGAAAGUUGGUCAGACCUAUCACACUACUGGAUUUGCCUAUGUUUUCCCAAAGGGUUCUCCUUUAGUGGCCAACGUUUCUCGUGCCAUCAUCAAGUUAACAGAAGAAGGCAACAUUUUGGAUAACACAAGACAGUGGCUGAGAAGCGACGAAGUGUGUACAGGACCAGAGAAAACUUCAGCCUCGACGGUUGUGGCUCUGCAGAGUUUCAAAGUGUUGUUUGCCAUCUUUGGGGGAGUUACAGGGCUGUGCCUCCUGGUUUUCAUAGCCACAUAUGUGUACAAGAACAAAGAUUUCAUUCAAGAAACUUUGAGUUCCAGAACUACAAUUUGGCUUAAAAUACAGGCAAUAGGCAGACACUUUGACCAGAGAGAUUUAUCCUCUCAUAAACUUGAAAGGGCAAAAGACCCCCAAGAACCAGAAGGUGAUGACAGUGAAUUUACUUCUUCACACUCCAUUGAAAUGAGCAAUCUGCCCAGAAAUCCUCCCUGCAGUAGACCUUCUUCGCCCUGUGCACUGGAAGGGAACACCGAUGAGCCUGGAAACGCUAACUCAAGCUCACAGCAUGAGGUUGCUAAUGAUCAGCCACAACAUAGAUAA